AUGGUAACUACCCCCUCAUCUCCUCACAAAAUAAACCUCCUAACCGAGAAUCAGUCCGGACUAGAAAUCCUCGGAGCAAUAUCCGCCGUAUCCGGCCUCCUAGAAUCUAGCAUCAAUCUUCUCAGCCGCCUGCGCAAAACCUACAACGACCAGAAAGACUCCUCAAAAGUACUUGGAGCCCACGUCGUCGAAAUCCAAGGAAUCCUGACUAUCCUAGAACUAGUCAAGCAUGAAGCCAAUUUGCGCACUGUGGUUAUUCUCUCCGAGAUCGAAAAUAUUCGCAACAUAGCGGUAGAGCUGAUAAGUAACCUAGAAUUAAUGGUAUCGGGGGAGAAAAGCCAAGCACGGCGUUUUGCACAUCAAUUUCUACAGGGUGCCAAAGAGCAGGAGACGCUUGCGAAGCUGAUGGAGCGGCUUGAGCACGCAAAGACGAAUUUGGCUCUCGGUCUACAUGUUGCCCACGUGAGAGUGACGCAGUACGUGAGUGAUAAAGUUGCGAUCAAUAUGGAUAUUUUGAAUCGGGUGGAUGGGCUACUUCGGAAUGUACUUGGAGAUGACGGAGGUCUUAAGAUUGCCGAUGUGGUUAAGAGCCAUCGCCCCGAAAGAGAUGGAUUAGUGCAUAUUAAUAGUGAAGAACUUCCACUAAGAACAGAUGGAGAUGGAAAAGACGCGAGAAAGGUUUUUAGUCGGGUUGUCUUGAAAAAUGUGACCAGAGACCAAGCUCUACAGAUCAAUGGAUCUAUUGGAGAAAAGGGGUGGCGAGAGGUAUCUCAGUUGGAAAUUCGAGACAAUGAAGCUACUGGAAAUGGCCUCCAAGUCAACCAUGCGAUUUCUGAAGAUAUGUUUUUUCAGUUGCUGGCGCAUAGAGACCGAAAUAAGUCGGAUGGUACACUGGGACCAAUUCUACAAGUUAGCGCCAGGCGCUGA